UCUUCUUUCUGUUAGCGAGAAAACCGGUUUGAAUGUAUUUGUCAUACUAUUAUUAGAACUUCCAUUUCUGUCGCUCUCCAAAACCUUUUCUUUGGGUUCCACCCGAAUCCCCUUCCUCUUCAGAUAUGGCCCUCAAACCAGCCAGCCCGUACCGCAAGGAGAAAGAUGGUUGGAUGGCCGUGCCGCAAUUUGGUGGUUGGGAUCAGAAAGCUGGAGGAGGAACUCCUGAUUACUCCAUGGUUUUCACCCGUGCUCGAGCAAACAGGAAGCAGCAGAAGAUUGAUGUGAGCAGCACAAGUCUUGGACAUGAGAAGGAAUUCCUCAAUUUCCCGGUUCCGCAAGCAGAGCAGAAUUCUACAAUGAAGAAAAGGAGCUUUUUCAGUUGCUUCAGCUGCGGUGUCAAGAACUAAUUCUCAUCUUUGAAAUGCCAUUCAACUAUACUGAUUGAAGAACAUGCUGUCAUAUGAUCUCUAUAUAUUUUUUUUGUCUAUUCAUUAACAUUUCAAACGUAUUUUACUGAAUUUGUAUUGCCUAAACUACAAGAAACUAUUGUACUGAACAUCUUAUAGACAAUA